AUCGAUCCGAGUGGACGCGAGGAAAGUUGGAAUCAACGGGAUUCGCAAAAGUAUUUCGUGGCAAUCGAGAAGACCUAUGUGUCGAUGAGGUGCAAAGUCUUGGACUGUCAAGGCAACUCCCCAACAUUUUUACCCAGUGUUAGGCUCGCUAAAAAUCUUCGAACUCGCAAGGGGAGUCGACGUGCUAAUGUUGGAAAUCGUUUAGAACUGCUAGUUCUGGUUCAUUUGCAUCACGUGCCAUAAAUAGAAAAAGAAGAGAAUACUCUAUUAUUGGCAGUGAGAACGUUAUCUGAUAGAUCCGGAAAAUCGAUCGACAUAUUGGUUUUGAUUGGGUUAAACCGACAGAAAGAGGUGGAAAAAAAGAGUAUAAUUAUUAUAUUGGAGAAGAGGCAAAGGAAUUAAAAUGGUGUACGCUAAUAUCAAUGAUAUUACCAUCAAAGGACCUUUCGAGGGUGUUAAGAAAGAUAAAAAUGCAUCGUCAGGACAUCAGCAGCAACAAUCCCAACAACAGUCAGCGAACAAGAACGACAAGUACGGUUCCUGGGGACCGGUAUACAAAAACAAACAGAAUUUCAUUGACAUGCACAUUUGCUAAAUAUAAAUCUUCAAAAUGAUCUCGGAAACGUACUUUCAACAAGUCACACUGAAAAUCACAACUUUUCUAUAAUUAAUCGCAUCAUUUUUUUAGCAACAAUGAAACAAAUAAAGGAAUAAUUCUACUCGAACAUUUUGUUCUUCGUUACACUGACGUAAUAGUAAAAGAAAAAAUAACAAUUGAAAGAUUCAAAAUGUAUUCUUUUGUCGUUUCGGGACGAUUUCCCUUUGAAGAGAAAAGAGUAGUAAUCCAAGACUCAACGACAGACGAAACUGAAAAAAAGUACACCGCUAGUUCCGGCGGAUAUGCAAAGCACGAGGAGACAAAGACAAAGAACUCGAAAAAUACAGCUGGCGAUAUUAGUCGGCCAAGCUGAAGCUCUGAACAUAUAUUACAUCAAAUUGUCUCAUUUUUUUUACACGCUAAUAGCUGAUCAAAUUCCGAAUUGAUCCGUAUUUUCACAAAACAUACCUCUGUACCUUUCUCUGUCUGUACCUCUCGAAGCGUUUAAGUGAAUUCUUCCACAUUGCCAGUACGAUCUUCCUCGACUUCGUCUCAAUUUACUGCAAUUUCACAAAAAAAAAAAAAGAAAGAAUUCCAUACUAUGAAAUUAAGAAUGAGGAAGCUUCGAAAAGUCUAUCUCGGUUACUAUAUACUUCGUCUAAAUUAAAUAUAAAUUAAAUUGGGCUUGAAAUUAGGUAAAUGUUCGAAAAUUUGAAAUAUACGGGGAAAUCGAUCAAAGAUUGGACGAAUGACGUUCGAAAAGGUCACGAGGAGCGCUAUCGAAAUACCCUUCGUCAGCUUCCACCCUGGAGCAAGGAAAUAGUAGGGGAAAGACGCGAAGCGGCUGGUGGGGAAAGCGAAGAAGAAAAAAGCUUCUGGACAAACGAGAGCUUCGCCGUGACUCGGGGAGAACGAGGGCAACGUGGUGCAGUCGUCGAAAACGCGUCGGCUGGUUCGGUGUUCCUCUGAAUGGAGGAUCGGGGGCGGAACAGGGUCGCGUCGACGCUCGAAUUGACGUUCUACCUACCUUGUAAUUUAUUUAUAAUAUUUAUUUGAAUCCUUAAACACAUAUCGUUCAUUUAGAACCUGUUAACUAAUCGAAAAGAAAAUUGAAUAAGUAUACUUGUAUUUAUAUUUGAAUUAACACGCGAGAAAAAGAUUCUUCGCAAGGUUCGUUUCGCGAGGAUCAAGUGAAAGCUUGAGGAGAAGACGAAGAAGAAGAGGAGAAAGAAGGAAAAGUGUCGUUGCUCCGUGGAACGCGAGAUAGCUGAGAGUCGACGUCCCGACGCUGCUAUUUCGAGGCUGAAACACAUCGCUCGUUCGCGAAUGUAUCAUAAAGAAGAAGCAUCGUUUAUUUAAAAUUGGACACGAUGAGAGCGCGAGACUCGAUCGUGUACACUCCAGUGUCUCUCGGACCGGAUACGGAUGACGAGGAAACGCUGGUUAACGCGGAAGUCUACAACAAUGAUCUGGCCCAGAUCCGAGCGCUGGUGGAGUCCACGGGCAUGUUAGGUGGAUCAACCUGUCCAUCCUGCGAGAUGCCAUUCGACAAAGGGAAGAAACGUCGAUUGAUCGAUUCUUGCGGUCACGAACGUUGCUAUUCCUGCUUGUUUCGCAGCGAAGCUUGUCCACUUUGCCUUCGAGCCGACUUCAACGACGACGACGAGGGACCCUUCAGGGAGGGGUUUACCAGCUUCUCGGGGCCCAUGUCCAUCCUCGCGCCCACGGAUGGCUGGAUCGAUGAGUCAUCAACGGUGAACUCUCUCUGUGGUAGCCCCAGACCUCGUACGAAAGUCACCACGAGAGCCAAUCUUCCUUCGAGAGUCAUGCACCAAGAAGAGAGGGAUGAAAGUGUCCCUUCUAUGGCGAUGGCUAAGGGUUUGAAGAACAAGCCACCGGCACUUCCGGAGUCUUCGUCGCAAGGUCGACAGAAGCUUCAGAUGAUGACGCAGAGUUGUCCAACCCCACCGAAUCAAAGGAAGAGGUUCUUUCUAAAUCCAAAGGUCCUCAGGAGCUCGUUCGUUCCCCAAAGAUCAUCCAGACGAGGAACAUCGUCGCCAGAACCAGUCGCAAACGACAAUCCUUCCGCCUUGUCAGACGAUGAAGGAGGUUGCGUGAAACCGUUGUCCUCCAAGACGAGGAAGUCGUCCCAAUCGGACCUGCACAUGAGGCUGGGUCUCCUUCUUGGCUCAAAUCACACUCGAGCAAGCAGCAGUGUAGACACAACAGAUUUACCUGGCGUUUCCAACCGUUCCAGUACAGGUGCAUGCCAAUCCAGGGUCCCUAUUCAGGGUCAUGAUAGUUCAGCAGCUUCGUUUAGCAGUCUGACCAGCUUCGAAACUCAAACUCUAGCCUCUACGAAUACGAGUCCAGUCUCUACUUUGACUGGAACGUCCAGCGAAGCCGAAGCUGCCGCAGCCUUGAGGUGUCCGAUUAAGCCUAAGACGAAAGUCAAAGGGAAGAGCAAGUCCAGAGAUUGUGACAGUGCUGGAAGCUUGGCUUCCAUUUCUACGUCGAUUUCUGCAUCUACGUCUAUGUCGAUGUCCAUGUCCGUUUCCGUUUCGGGCUUGUCAAAUGGCAGCUCAAGCCCCCUUACCCCUAGAAGACAUUCCGUGAACGCCUCGCAACCUGGUCAGAGUGAUGAACUUGGCCAAUUUAAGAAUAGACGUUCCUGCGCCAGGAGAUCGGCCAGGGCUGGGAACAUUAAGGGCGUCGUCGACACGAAAUUACGCUUCAUACAACACCACGCGACGCAAUUGACGCUGAAGCCCUUAUUCUUCGAAGUACCUCUGUUAGAAGCUGAUCCACUGUUCACCGGUCGCCAAUGGCUACUGCAGGAACUAGAAUCGGUGGUGAACGGGUCCAGUCCUGGAGUUUUGAUUUCUGGAUCCCCUGGAACGGGAAAGACUGCACUGGUGCUACAAUUGGUGGAGCAUAGCUGCUUCGGAAGGAGACGCGAGCAGCCUCUUCCCUCGGAGAUCAGCGAAGAAGCCGAUGAAAAAGAGAGAAUUGGAUGUACCUCAACUUUACACGCUAGUAUUCGUUAUACUAACGAGAAGGUUCGAGAAUUAGCGUCGCACGUAGUGGCGUAUCACUUCUGUCAAGCGGAUAAUAACAGUACCUGUUUGGUACCAGACCUGAUCCAUUCUUUGGCUGCACAAUUAUGCCAAGCUCCUCAACUCAUAUCCUAUAGGGAGUAUUUGCUCUCCGAACCCCAUAUACAGGGGUCUUUGUCACAAAGGGAGUGCACCGUCGAUCCAGAUCUCGCGCUGUCAAGAGGUAUCAUCGAACCUUUGUUGACGUUGAAGAAAACCAAUAGACUGCCUGACACCAAUAUGGUGAUAUUAAUCGACGCCGUGUGCGAAGCAGAAUACCACAGACCAGACCGAGGCGACACGAUAGCGUCUUUUCUAACGAGGCACGCUCCCAAUUUUCCCAGUUGGUUAAAAAUCGUCUGCACAGUAAGAACGCAACUACUUGAAUGCGCCAAACAGCUACCUUACACCAGAGUGUCUCUAGACAGAGGUGCCAAUGAUAACACCGGAAGCAACGUAACCAGGGAUCUAUCCGACUAUAUUGGAUACAGAUUGGCUCAAAGUCCUGCGAUUCAGACGAACGUCACAGCAUCGGUGAAUGGAAAGGCAGAAUCGUCGUGCAGCGCGAAUCAAACGAGAUUUGCCUCGCAUCUGCUCGCGUUAGCCAGAGGCAGCUUUCUCUUCGCCAAACUGACGCUCGAUCUUAUCGAGAGUGGUCACUUGGUGGCAAAGUCUGCCAGCUACAAGGUACUGCCAGUUUCUUUAGCGCAGAUUUUCCAGCUACAUUUCAACCUCAGGUUCCCUACAGCGACAUCUUUUGACAAGGUUCAACCUCUACUAGGCGUCUGUUUGGCUGCUUUAUAUCCUCUGACUUUACCGGAAAUCUUCUACUCGGUGAACUCUCUGAACACGAACCACUUCGUUUCAUGGGAGGAUUUUCUGCAGAGAUUCAAAAUGCUCUCUGGAUUCCUCGUGAAACGUCUGGACAACACCUACAUGUUCUUCCAUCCGUCGUUCAGAGAAUGGUUGAUGAGAAGGGACGAGGGCGAAUCGACCAAGUUCCUCUGCGAUCUGAGGCUCGGCCAUGCAGCCAUUGCAUACAGGUUGUCCCGCCUUCAGGCACCGCUAGACGGUGAUAAAGCCCUCGAAUUAGGUCAUCACAUACUCAAGGCGCACGUUUACAGAGGCGUUGCUCCGUGUUGGCCUUCGCGCGAUCUACAGGCCAUCUGGCUAGCAUCGUCCACGGAAUGCGUCUCUUCGGCGUUGUGUACGCUGAGGAAUAUUUACAGCCCGAACGUUAAGGUGUCGAGGUUGCUUUUGCUGGCAGGAGCAUCUCCGAAUCAUGUCACCGAAUACCUGGGCAGCGCUCCAGCCCUUUGCAUGUACGCCCAUGAGGGUUCAGUGGAAAUGGUUUCUUUGCUGUUGGAGUUUGGAGCUGAUGUUGAAUUGACGAAUAGCCAGGGCUGCACGGCACUCUCGUUGGCCGCUGCUCGUGGUCAUUGCGAUGUUGUCAGAAGGUUAGCCGCUGCUGGAGCUUCGCUAGGACACACAGACAUGGCAGGACAGUGUCCUUUGGUUCACGCGGCGAGAUACGGAAGAUUAUCGGUGGUCGGUUAUCUCUUAGCCUGCGAUUGGGUAAUUCCUACCAACGUAAGCGAAAUCGAAGGAUCGCAAGAGAUAGGCAGGGAGGAAGCUGCUCAACAAGCUGUGGUUGCUGCAGCGGCUCAAGGUCACGAGUCCAUCGUCGAAUAUUUAUUAGACAUGGCCGAAGUGAUCGUGGAUCGGCCUGACACUUUGAUAGGAGAGACUGCUUUAACCAUUGCUGCUGCAAAUGGUUCUACCAUUACCGUGUCGGCGUUACUGGCUCGAGGAGCAAGUCCAACUGCUGUGAACGCGAAGGGAUUGUCUCCUCUGAUGCUGGCUGCGAGAGAAGGACACUGGGGUACAGCCGAAAGACUUCUGCAAGGGACGCUGUCAAGUAGCACCGAUGCCAUUCUGGAUGAUGCAGCGUCUCUUCUGGACCAACGGGAUCCAGCUGGUCGCACCGCGUUAAUGUUAGCUGCCUCGGAAGGUCACACAAAUUUAAUCGAAUUAUUUUUGGACAAGGGUUCCGUGUUGGAAAGCAGAGAUAAGGAAGGUCUGACUGCUCUCUGCUGGGCUUGCGUAAGAGGAAGACUAGCUGCUGUACAGAAUCUGAUCGAUCAUGGCGCCGAUGUGAACACUAAUGACAAUACUGGGAGAACUCCUCUGGACUUGGCUGCUUUCCAGGGCAAUCCAAAGCUGGUGCAAUUGUUGCUCGAGAAAGGAGCAGCGGUCGAGCACGUCGAUCUGCACGGAAUGCGACCUUUGGACCGAGCGAUCGGAUGUCGAAACAUACCGGUGGUGCAGUGUUUCCUCCGCCGCGGGGCAAAAUUGGGCCCCGCCACUUGGGCAAUGGCCGCUGGAAAACCCGACGUGCUAUUAAUUUUAUUGAACAAACUUCUCGAGGAUGGAAACGUGCUGUAUCGAAAGAACAGAUUGAAAGAAGCAUCGCACAGAUACGCGUACGCUCUUCGAAAGUUCCCAGCAUCGCCGGAAGAGGACUGCCAGGGGCAGGAGCAGGGUCACAUGAUGCUGCAACUGCAGACGUUUGCGCAACUUCGGCUGAAUUUCUUGCUCAACCUCAGUCGAUGCAAGCGCAAGAUGAAUGAAUAUGCGGAAGCAAUCGAGCUCGCUGACGAAGCUCUGAAAGUUCGCCCAGUAUCAUACGAAGCAUUCUACGCGAGAGCAAAGGCACGAGUCGAUUCAGACCUCUUGGAAGACGCAUUAUCGGACGUUCAAGAGGCACUACAGAUUGCACCGCCACAAAAUCGACAGGAUAGACGCGUCCUUGUGGCUCUGAGAGAAGAAAUAGUCUCCAGAUUAGACGGGGUAGGGACCAGCAAAGGAUCGACCGAUUCUGCCAACAGAUCUCGUCUUCGAGCUUCGGUCGACACACUCACAGAGUUGUAACGUUACUGUUUCUGUCGUAAAAGACUUCCGGUUUGUUUAAAAAAAUGCUCCUUUAGCGAGGAGAAUGACUAUAGUGCAAACUCAAGAAGCUUUGCAUGCGUAUUUAAGUUACGAACUGAUCUUUCCUCAACCGAACUCGCGAUUCCUCGAAGAUUUUUCAAACGAAAGAUAUACGACGACCAUUGCGGUCCAAGAUUUGUUCUUGAAAUGUUCGAAAGCAAUUCGAAGUAAGUAAAAAGUAUUUAAAGUAUUUAAGUUAUGAGUUGAUAUUUUCUGCAGUAAACUCGCGAUUCCUCCAAGAUUUCUUUAACGAAAGAUAUAUACGAUGACUGUCGUAACUUAGGAUUUGCUUUCGAAAUGUUUGCAAGCAAUUCGAAAUAAAUAAAGUAUCUCGUUUUCUUUCUUUUUUUUUUUUUUAAUUUAUACGACUCGUUGCGUACGUUAUACGUAUUCGAAGAAAUAUUCCUCCGCCUUGCGUUUUCUUGAUUAAUCUCGAAAAUCAGCAAGCAUUUACAAGCUCUUCGUCUUUAUUCUCUGUGCAAUUGUAUUGCAUGACCGUGUUAGGGUUUUUAUACGAUGUUCAAUUCGAUCUUGAAUCGAAUACAGAGUUUAAUAUAUAUAUUAUAUAUACACAUUUUUCUAUAUAUAUAGUAAAUAUAUAUAUAAAUAUUUGUAUUAUAUUACGCAUAUGAGAAAUUGGUUUUUAGUGUCGUUGUAAUUUAAAUCAAAGUUAUUUAAUUAUUUCCUCCUCUCUGUUUCUUUCAGUAUUUUCUUUUUAAUAUACUAUAUCAGAAGGUAUACGUAAA